GAGAGAGGGAGAGAGAGACACACAGAGAGAGACAGAGAGCGAACAUCCUUCGGGCUCCUCCGGAGUAAAUAGCGGUCCAGUUCCCGAGCUCGGGUCCCACCUGCGCGCCGCUGCUCUCGCCCUGUUGUGCUCUCAGUUUCAGCAUGGAGUUCCCGACUCUGCCCGCGGACGCGCUCGCCGACUACCAGGACCACGCGUCACAGGCUCCCUUCAACGCCACCUUCUCCGAGGACCUGCUGCUGGAGCCUCCCGGACGGAACCAGAGCGACGGGUCCGAGCGCAGGGACGCGGCCCGCCUCGUCAUCGCCGUCAGCAUCACCGCCCUCUACUCCCUCAUCUGCGUGGUGGGGCUCCUGGGCAACGUGCUGGUCAUGUUCGGGGUGGUCAGGUACACCAAGAUGAAGACGGCCACCAACAUCUACAUCUUCAACCUGGCGCUGGCCGACGCCCUGGCCACCAGCACGCUGCCCUUCCAGAGCGCCAAGUACCUGAUGAGCACGUGGCCCUUCGGCGAGUUCCUGUGCAAAGUGGUCAUCGCCAUCGACUACUACAACAUGUUCACCAGCAUCUUCACGCUCACCAUGAUGAGCGUGGACCGCUACAUCGCCGUCUGCCACCCGGUCAGGGCGCUGGACUUCCGCACGCCGGCCAAAGCCAAGCUGAUCAACGUGUGCAUCUGGAUCCUGUCGUCGGCCGUCGGCGUCCCUGUCAUGGUGAUGGCUGUUACCAAGGUGACGGACAAAGGCACCACAGCUUGUGUUCUCAGCUUCCCCAAGCCCGAGUGGUACUGGGACACGGUGAUGAAGAUCUGCGUCUUCAUUUUCGCCUUCAUGGUUCCCGUCCUGGUCAUCACCAUCUGCUACGGGCUGAUGAUCCUGCGUCUGAAGAACGUGCGGCUGCUCUCGGGCUCCAAGGAGAAGGACAGGAACAUGAGGCGGAUCACCAGGAUGGUCCUGGUGGUGGUGGCCGCCUUCAUCAUCUGCUGGACGCCCAUCCACAUUUUCAUCAUCGUGAAGACCAUGGUGGACAUCGACCACAAGAACCUGCUGGUGGUGGCCUGCUGGCACCUGUGCAUCGCGCUGGGCUACACCAACAGCAGCCUCAACCCUGUGCUCUACGCCUUCCUGGACGAGAACUUCAAGCGGUGCCUGAGGGAUUUCUGCCUUCCCUACCGCACCCGGCUGGAGCAGAACAGCUUCUCCAGGGGGCGCAACAGCGCCCGCGAGCCAGCGUUCGUCUGCGCGCCCGCAGUCACGGAGGGACCUCCCGCAUGACUAGGCAUGGCUCAGCUGCGGGGGAGAGGCGUCCAGGACGACCUGCAAACGGAAGUCACCCAGUUCUCCACUACCACCGGCCUGUGAGGCUGAAGCUCCGCCCCCUCUCCCGGCGCUGAGACUGCCAUGAUGACGUGAACGCACACCUGGACCAGCAGUGCUGACUGCCAGCUCCCGGGACUUCCAUGCCUCAUUAGAAAACACAGGUCUCACCAUGUCUUCAGGACCACCAUCGAUCGGAUUAACUGUCGAGAUAUUGAUCCUCUGACAAACGCCACCCAGGAGCUCUGUCACGUGACCUUCAUUAGUCAUCCGUCACGGCUAAUGAAUGUCAGGGUGACGGCCAGGAAGGUUCAGAUCUUCCCCUCUUCCUGGCUCCUCACCAUCACGAAGCUCUUCUGCACGUCCAACCACAUGACUCUGGGAGCCAGUGAAGCUCUGGCCUCCCUGCACACGCUCAUAAUCCAAACAGGGUCGCUGCAGGGUCGAGGCGCGUGUGGUCCGACUCCCAAGCAGACUGGCGUUUACUGUCGCUGACUCAUCACUUUCGCCACUCCAGCGGCUGCUUUUCGUGAAGACGCGAAGCCUCCUCGUGCUGAAUCCAUCACUCUCCAAAGGGCUGUCAGCGCUGAUCCAUGAUGGCUGUGAAUUCAAAUCAGGCGUUGCUUGCUAAAACCAGCAUCUUUUGAGUGGAUUAGCCUGUACCGCGAGAUCCGACCACCUCCCAACAAGACGCGCCAGGAUGGGACUUGUAACGCGGAGGAAGGGACAUGACUCUGGCUGGAUCCAAGGUAUAGUUGGUGACCGCAGCUGUAGUUUAGGUUAAGUCAGGCUUAACAUAGCUGAGUGGCUCCUGUCAUGCUAGCAUUUAACUAGAGGAUGAAGGCGAGAUCCCCUGGAAAACAAUGUUCAAACAUGAGAAGCUAGUGAUAUUGUGAGGUGUUCUAGGCAGGAGGGGACAGACCCAGGACACCUGGAGCCAGGGAAGGUUGGUGGGGCGUCUUUGCUUUGACUGCUGCCCCCGCGACGUAGACACACAGCCCCUUUCAAACCCUGUGGCUUCACACUCCUCCCCACGGAUCUGAACCGCCAUGGUCGCUGAAGUGGCCGGUGCAUGUUGUAAACAAAGACUUCAUGUUGAUAUUGUACAGGACACGUGUAAAUAAAGAGCGUACGGACGAUGCUGCUGCUGCUUAGUUGUCCAACAAUCCCGCUUCACUUGGUAGUAAAUAUUAAGUCUGCACUGUAGCUGAAGCUUAGCAAGUCGUCCGCUGCUGCCUCCUAGUUUAACUGAAGCUGCUGCUGCUGCUGCUGCUGUGUGUGUCCACCUCACUGAUGGAAUCAGAACCCUAACGCCUUACUCAGCAUUACCUUGUUCCAAGUGCUUGAAGACCUUUGGUCUUCACAUGUGACUGUAGCUUCUUCACUGGUGUCAGUGUGUUGGUGUGGUGGUGCCUCAAAUGCCAGUGCGGCCUCACAGGAGACGCCGAUGUGAUGAAGGGCGUCUCUAUUGGUUGAGCGAGCGCAGGUCAUGGCCCCGGGAUAAAGAAGCUCUGAUGUCGGGGUCCACAGGCUUGAUCGGAGAGUACAUGAGUUUUUUGUUUGACAAAAUAA